CCCUUUGCCACGAUUUUGGUUUGGUUUAUGAACGAGAAGAAAAGAGAGGCAAGUAUCGCCAAGCCAGAAAUACUGCCUAACAAUUCGCACCAACUUCACUCUAAUCUAAUCCAAUAAAGAAAAAGAAAACGAAAAUCUCAACAAAUAACAAACCCAAGAACCGGCAGACCUAUCGGUAGGUUCCCAUAAAUCCCAUAUUACUUGCGGUGUAUCCUGAAAUCGACAAACACUCAGGUUAUUUUGGUCCUCUGUUCAGUGUUAGCAGAACAACAUUGCAAGUACAAGAGUGCAUAAUUAAAUAGUAUCUUCCAAGAUAUCAAAGCAAUGAAUAAAAAAAGUGAUACCGGAGUUGAAAUAGCCCCUUUGAGGCCACUGGAUGAUUUUUUGCUCGACUCUGCAAGAUUUCAAAUACCUUAUUUUAAAGAUUUGGAAAAAUGGGGUAACCGAGUCACCAGCAAUUUAUUAUAUUACCAGACAAAUUAUUUCCUACUUGCUGUCAGUAUAUUCAUAAUAGUUGGAAUAAUCCAUCCUGUUCGAAUGAUUUGUGGAAGUCUUGCAACUUUUCUGAUUUUUGCAAUAUUUGUUUAUGUGACCAACGAAAAGGCCUCUCUGGCUCAGUUUAAGCAGCAACAUCCAAUUAUUUCCUUAUUUAUGAUUUUUGGAUGCCUGUACUUUAUUGCAUUUAUGUUUCAAAGCGUGUUGGUAUUCUUUCUUGGCAUAUUACUACCAUUUUCAGCUGUCUUUGUGCAUGCUUCUCUGAGAUUAAGGAACAUAAAAAAUAAAAUUGCCAACAAAGUUGAAGUAAUGGGACUCAAAAAAUCCCCGAUGGGGCUUUUUCUUGAAGAAAUGGGUUUGGAAAGCGACUUUUUUUGAAUAUGUAAUUGUCAAUAUUACAAAAUGUGUGAGUUUUAUUUUUAGAACACUGCUAAAUUUCCCCGAAAAUAUUGAAAGUAUGCGAAACAAUGUGAAACAUAAAGAUGUCAUUUAUUAAAUGGAUUAAUAUAUUAUUAUGCAAAGACACAAUAUAUCUAGCUGCUUAGUUUAGAAAAGAAGUGUUUUUAAAUAAACUUAAUUUUAUUCUUAUUAUAUGAAUUAGAUAAGUUGUCAGUGAGAUAAUAUUGUAUUUCUUAUUACAUAUAUAGUGCAGCCUCCUUAUCCCGAACACCUAAUUGUCAGAUUUUUUGUUGAAUUAACUAAUAUAACCACACACAGAUACAAAUUUUUAGAUCUAUGUUUAUUGAUUUUUAUACAUACUAUUUUGCAUCAUGAUUUGCGUUUGGAUAAGCGUGCGUCCGGAUUACCAAAAUUGUACUGUAUUGUAUUCUUUGUGUACUCUGGGUUGACCUUUGCACAAUACAUACUUGUUUUUUCUCUUUGCUAUCCUUGCUAAAGGGUUAAGAUGACUUUUUGAUGUAAACGACACUAGUCCUGUUCAAAAACACCACCAGCUAGGUAUAUUUGUGAACUAAAAUUUUACUAGGAAGUCAUUGUUACAAAAUGGUCAACCCUGGGUACUUACACAGUUUACAGGGUUAUUCACAAACCGCCCUCUCAAAAACCGUAAAUCAUGAUGUAAAUUGAUGAAAUUCAUUAUUAUGGAGGUUACUUAUUACUUUUGAAUAGCCAAUUCAUAGUUUCAUUAAAAUGAGGGAUAAACGCAAUUAUUCUAUUUAAAACCUUUUCAUUCUCUGAUUAACACUGAACAUUUCUUUUAAUAUUACACUAGACUAAAUUAUUUUUGUAUAUUAUAUUGUAUAGAACAUGUAAAAACUUUAUUUAGUGAGCUUUAAUGUCCAUAUGCGAAUUGUAAUAUCGUACAAUAAUCUGUUAAGUAUUCAGUAGUGGAGCAAAUAAUUUCAACAUCCUUACUCAUAUUGAAAUGCCCAUUAUUCUUUUUUAUUAUACUGCGAGAUUUUGUUUUAAUUAUUACUGAAAUAAACAUUUACUAUUUUAU